AUGUUUCGAGCUUUGCGAUUAAUUCCAUCCGCUCCAUUGCGCCAGGUGCGAUGGAAUUCCACUGCAACCACACCUCCAUUAAUGGCAACAAUGCGAGCUGAUUUGAAGACAGCCAUGCGCGCCAAGGACACUGCUCGUCUGAAUGUGCUCCGUGCUUUGAUCUCAGAGACCAACAACGCUGCAAAGACCUCCUCCCCAAUUGAGACCGAUAUCCAACUCUUGUCGCUCAUUCGGAAACGUGCUGCUGCUGCCACCGAUGCUGCCGAGCAAUUUGCGGCUGCGAAUCGGGCAGACCUGAAGGCUAAGGAAGAUGAACAAAUUACCAUUUUGGAAGAAUACGCCAGUCAUGUCAAAAUGCUUUCCAAUGAGGAGCUGGAAGCUAUUGUUGCGCAGCAGAUUGCUAGCAUCAAGGAAGCUGGUGGUAAGAUGGAUUUUGGACAAAUUCUCAAGGCCAUCUUUUCUCAAGGUGGUCCAUUGGAUGGAAAGCCAGCAGACCGGAAGCAGGUUGCAUCAAUGGUAAAGCAGGCUCUUGCAUGA